UGGUAGGUUUUGAAAACCUAAUCUUUUUUAACCACCUUGUGUACAGUUUACAGUAUUUCCAGUUUAAAUUAAAUUAAUGUUUAAUUUACUCUAGUCAAGCCGGUGACAAUAAAUUAAAAAUUGAAAUCCGGCUCUGUUUUGCUUUGUGGAUAACCACUUGUCACAUUCUGACAUAUGAAGAAUUGUUAGAAACGGCAGAAAAAAUUUCUGCUACUUUUAUUGGAAUGUUGUAGUAUAUUGAUCAAUAUGAGUAAAUCAUACAUUCCUCCUCCAAUCGAGAAGAGCUACGACUGCACUGAAGCUUAUGCCAGUCCUGAGGAAAGGUACUUCACCGAACGAUACGCCCUCGAUGUCAGAUUCCCCGGUGACGACUAUAGGAUAUUUAUCCACUCGAACCGUAUCUGCAUAGUGACUCUGGCACCCAGUCAUGAAAUGUUAAUGAAGGAACAACAGGUCGCAAAGGUGGAUUUUCAGGUGACAGAUAAAAGAAACACAUUGGAGUCGAAAGUGUCCGGAAAGAGAAAGCACGGCGCGCAGAGGCUCCUUCCGACUACACCGCUUUUCAUAGCUGAGUGUGGGCAUUCCAGUUACAAACCGUGUACUGGAAUAACCGGCAAACUGCUCGAAGUAAACAAGGCGCUUAAGGAAAAUCCACAGCUUCUAAUAUCUGAUCCUUGCCGAAAAGGAUUUCUAGCCAUUCUGCUUCCCGACCCGACACUUGUUGAAACUUACAAAAAAGAAUUGACGACUAAAGAGGAAUUCCAGAAAAGAAAGUCACAACAUUUAUUAAUAUGACACAUAUAUUUGUUAUAUGAGUUUGUACUUAAUAAAUCUGUUUUACUUUUUA